AGGCACCGGCGUGAAUCACUGAGCUCCAGUUGAGUGUGCAGUGCCGAGGUGGAAGGAACUGGCAGGCACACAGCUCCAUCCUCGCCCCUCUGCUGUGUCGCGCCCCCUAAGCGGACUUAGUUCUUCCCUCACUCACUCCUUGCAGCAGUGCCAAGACCCAGUGACGCGUGUGUGAGACAGAGACACAGAGAGACAGACAAGGACGCAUUGUGCCAAGAGUGCCCGUGGCCUGUGACACGUGAAAAGUUUUGAAAGAGGUAGAAUCGCAUGUUCGUGGUGAUCAGAAUGCUGCCCUUCAGCGUCGCCCCCUACCUGGCUUGCCUCCUUGCCCUCAUGGCGCCCACCCUCGCCCAGGAUUUAACAGAUGACGUGGGGCAGCCCGUUCCAAGCCAGCCAUCCCGGGACCCCACAGCACCUGAGCAACCCUUCGUGAUUGGAUCACAGCCCAUCCAGCCCGUCCAGCCCGUCCAGCCCAUCCAGCCCGUCCAGCCCAUCCAGCCCAUCCAACCCAUCCAGCCCAUCCGGCCCAACCAACCCGGCUCACUCCCCUCCGUUCCGAUCCUUGAUACAAACUUCGAAUCGAUCACCCUACAGAUCUCUAACUGCCCGCCUGAGCAGAUUAACUUCGAGCUGGUGACGGGCUAUGUGUACUCUGCCCCCGCCGACAUGCUCGACUCGCAGCCCGGCACCCUCAAGCUGACAGACUGCAUCGACAUGUGCCGCAACAACCGCUCCUGCAUGGCGGUCAACUACGAGACGGGCUUGUGCGUCCUCUUCUCCUCCAACGCUGACAUGUAUCCCGGCUCCCUAACGGUCUCCCAGUUCCCGGUGUUCACGCUGUACGUCCAGAAAAACUGUUUGUACAACGCCCCUCCCUGCGACCGCGCCUGGAGCUUCGAGAGGGUUAUAGGCUUCGCACUCUCCGGCCUCGCCAGAAAGACUUCCAUGGUCAACAACCGCCAGGAGUGUCAAGUCCUCUGUCUGGCUGAGACGGACUUCCCCUGCAGGUCCGCCAACUACAACAAUAUGACAGGGAAAUGCGAGACCUCCGACAUGGACAGACACACCGCAGUGGGCACCGGCGCCUUCAUCAGCGAGGAAAACAGUGACUUCCUUGAAAACAACUGCAUGGACGACCCCGUGAAGAUGUGCGAGUUCCAGAAGAUGGAGGGACGCAUCCUGAAGACAGUGGAUUCUGUGCAGCAGGAAGUAGCAAACCUUGAGGACUGCAAGCGUCUCUGCCUCACCGCCAAUUUCAGAUGCCACUCCUUCGACUACGGCGAUACUGGAGACAAGGUGUGCCGCCUCUCACACCACGCCGCUGCCACAAUCACUCACAUCGACGAGCCUUACUUAGACAUUCCAGGCUCAUCCACCUACGAACUCUCCUCAUGCUACAACGUGACCAUUGACUGCCGCUCCGGGGACAUGGUGACCAGGAUCAAGACUUCAAAGAUCUUCAACGGCAAGAUUUACUCCAAGGGUUCCCCCAAUACAUGCAUGAACGACAUUGAGAACUCCCUCGAAUUCGAACUUGUCAUGGGUUACAACGACAUUGACUGCAACGUGGAGCGCGACACGGACUCUCGCUACAGCACCGACGUGAUCAUUCAGCACCACGAUAUGAUUGUGACCAGCGCUGACCUGGGCCUCAGCGUGCACUGCAAGUAUGACCUGUCCAACAAGAGCGUCAGCAACCUGGUGGAACUCAGCGUUGGGGAUGAGAAGACACCGUACAUGGAGCAGGGCAGCACUGUGGACUCCCCCAACGUGAUCAUGCGCAUUGCCAACAGGGACCAGAACGAGAUUACCGACGCCUCAGUGGGUGACAUGCUGGAGCUGCAGUUCGUGAUCGUUGACAGGGACUCACCCUAUGAGAUCUCCGUGCGAGACCUGGUGGCCAUGGACGGCAGCAACACCAACAACAUCACCUUACUGGACAACCGCGGCUGCCCCACAGAGAUCUCCAUCAUGAGGCCGCUGAAGAAGAUCGACAACACAGGAAAGGUCCUUGGUGCCACUUUCGACGCCUUCAAAUUCCCGACGAGCGACGUGGUUCAGUUCCGCGCCAUGGUGUCCCCCUGCCUGCCCACCUGUGAGCCCGUGCAGUGUGACGUGAUGGACUUCGGUGGUCAGGUGAAGGUAGCGGAAAGCUACGGCAGGAAGAAGAGAGAAGCGAUGCCCUUCAUCAUCGAUUUUGGAAACCCUGAACAUAGUUACUGGGAGGCACCCUCGUCCACCGUGCAGGAGGUGAAGCAGAUCAGCCCGAGGGCCUUCGAUGUGGUGGCUCACAACUUCAUACAUCAUGGCGGUCGACGUGUCACAAGGGAGACGCCAGAGGUGGGCAUUCCCGAGGAGUUGCUGGUGGUGCGGGCCAUCAAAAUAUCCGACAAAUUUGGCACCCGUUCAUCUCAGGUCCAGAGCAGAGAGAACGCCGCCAACAACCUUGAAAAGAGUCACAACACCGAGAGCCUCGGUGGGUCUGAGGUGGUGAUGCAAGAGGACGUGUCCGGUGUGUGCAUCAACAUGGUGGGUCUCGUGCUGGCCUGCUCGGUAUUCCUGGUGGCUCAGCUUGUAAUCAUCGUGGCGUGGACGGCUGUGUGGCACCGUCGCCGCCGCAGCAAGCUGGAGGAGCCCCUGAGUCCCGCCACCACCACUGAGUCCCUCCGUCAACUCUACGACUCCGGUUAUCCCCGCAGAAUUUAGCUCCUUCCCGCUCGUGCCGCUCACACCUUUACAGGAACCCUCAGUCUUGUGCUCACCGUUUCAUUUAGGAAACGAGUUGCCGAGAUAGAUGGAAAAGGUACUUCUUUAAUGGACAGCAGAUCGCCAUUAUCCAAAGAACGACCUGCCUGCGUCAGUCAGGAAUCUCUCUAUCCCAUGGAGUUCGUUUAAGGUAGCGGAGGCCUGUGCGAAGGAAAAGGGUAAUACAGGAUUUUGGCCUUGAAAUACACUAAUGUUUCAUGAUAAGACUAAGGCAAUGAAAAAAAAAGGGCACUAAAUUUUUAAUUCAUACAGUAGAGCUCAUCCCCAGCGAGCCUUCAUAUUGCUGGCGGCCGAGCGACGACCGUCUGUGUGCAGAUACUAAUUGGCAUUACCAAGAUGUGGGCUCAAGAAAUCAUGGUACACUGUAUACUCGGGCAUUUAUGACGCAAUACACGUUUCUCAUCUGCGAAUUGUCAAGUAUUAUAGUGGGCAUUAUGAGAGAAACGUUCUCUUGAAUGAAAAAUUAGAAUUAAGGUUUAGUAGCACUAACAACUGACUGACAUAUCCGUCCAAAAGUGGCAUUAAAGAACAGCAUAAUUUCAGAAAAAAAAAAUACACAUAUCGGCGAUAAAAUACCAGUGAAUCUGUUGACUGUAGCAAUAUUCACUAAUCAAGACUCUUCUACUAUUGUGUCCAUGUGCUGCCGCGAGUCGAGGCGCGCGGCGGGCGUGGCGGUGGUGGCGGUGCUUCUGGGAACCUUUAGGGGGAGCCUGGGCGGAGCGAGGCGGACGGGGCCUAGUCGGGGUGUGCGGUUGGAUUAGCACCUGUAUAUACACAACACGAGGGAACUCGAAAUUGAGGGAAAUCUUCAAAUACUGUCUUCAAUUUGUAUAAGUUCGUGAAUGUAUUAAUAUUCAAAUUUCGAGACAAUUUUGCCAUCGUAUUCUAAAUUUUGUCUGACCACACAUGACCCCAUGAGAGAAAGCGAUCCUUCCCUCCUCCUCUUCUCGCCCGGCUCGCCUGCGCUUCAUAGGUGCUGGGACAAAGGGAAAUUAAAAGCGUAGACCCGGACGACUCUUCGGGAGAGGCAUGACGCCUCCUGCCUAGCACUCAACCGUCCGAUACAGCUAUGAUCUACUUAGGGACCUGAACACCCAGCUGCAGCACGUAGAGAGAAAGAUUUGGUGAAGAGAAUGAGAAUAUGUAAAUAGCAGUCGUCCCACUUCUGUAAUAAACAGGAAGAGGCGACAACUAACAAUCGAUUUUCCUGCUCGAAACCACACUUCCUAUACCGCCGAGAGCCAGAGGAACAAAUUUAUCGGAGACUGUGCAAGCAAACACACAGUAGCGGUCACGGAGCGCUGCUGUAUAUUGAUGUAAUUGCUCAACGCUAUUCACUAACACACCACUGUGAUGCUAUAGAAAUUCCACUUGGAGCUUCAGUAGCUUAGACGUGCUUUUCGCCGCCGCAGACCGCACCGCACCUCCCUUGACCAACCUGAGGAGCAAAUCACACACACACACACACACACACACACGUUGCAAUCUAACAGACAAACCAACAGAUGUAUCAGUGUCUUUUAACGUUAAAAUGGUUGUAAAUCUAACACUCCCAAUAGAUUCUACUUAGUAGUGGAGUGCGAGUGGCGGCGGCUUUACUUAAAUAGCUUUCUUUUGUGCUACCUAGAGGCUGAACAACUCAUCAAAAUACUCAACCUGCAUGUAAGAUACGCUUCAUGAAUCUAAACACGCAAGAUUCUCCUGAAAAGAAAACACCUUUCCUUCUGCCUUUCCUUCGCAUGUAAAUGUAGAUAAUGCUUGCUUAACUAACAAAUCAUGCCUGUUUAACGAUAGUGUACAAUCACCUUUAAUCACAAUAAUAACGUAAUAUUCAUAAAGCGCACACGAACACUAUAUUUUCUUUCUUUUGUGAGACAACUGCUGCAUUGUACCGAUAACUAACCAAUCCAAGUAAGCCAUUAUCCAAUACACUAGUAAACACAAGCCACGCAUUCACGAACAGCAAACCACCUCACGACAGCACGACCAUCACUAACAAGGGGACCAAUCAUCACUAACUUACGAAAAGCCACCAGACCAGCAAUAAUUAACUUCACAUAGGCAUUGCACCCUUCACUUUCACGCUCAUCAGUUUGCAGGACUAAGUAACCAACCACUCGCCAUUUACUGAAGUACUGUAACCAUCAUCACAUCACCAUCAACAUCCACCAUCACAUAUUUUGCUUCCAUAACUAACAACAGUAAGCUUUAUAGAUAAUAGUACGCAUUUCCAAACCGCCAUUGCUUUACUAACCCCACUAUGCACUUGACUAGUUUGAGUAAUGCUAUCUACGCACUACUAACCACUUGCAUGCUUUACUAACCCAAUACAACGCAAUACUAAUAACAGACUUUAUGCAUAGAGUCAAUGCUUUACUAACAACUAGUGCAUCACUUGUCACCAGCACAGACUACAUGACACCUGUGAAUAUUGAUAAUUAACCUAAUUAACCUGACUUUUUUUAUAUUCUUGAGCUGAAAUCAAGCAAAAUAACGCGCAUCAAUAAUUACUCUGGCUUUUUAUGCUUUCCUAACAGUAGAAAUAUAUGAAAAAAUUGCCAGUAAGACUAAUCCUAACAAUAACAACGAUGAUAAUGAUAAUGACAAAAUUAACAGACAGUAAUUCUUUUUUUUCUUUUUUGGCUAACAACUGAAGCGUUAAUCUCUCUCUCUCUCUCUCUCUCUUUCUCUCUCUCUCUCUCUCUCUCUCUCUCUCUCUCUCUGUUGCUGGGUGUUCCUGGGAAAGAUCCGAGCUGUUGUGCGUAGUGGUCGUAAACUUUUUUUUUUUUAUGUAAGAAAUCAUAGUCGCUUUUUUUACAGAACCUUGAUUAGAGAAAAGCGAGCGAGGAAAAGAGACUCAGAUAAGAUUUUUUUUUUUUAGCUCUAGACGCUAAGGAACACUUUAUAUAUCAGAUACUAUAAUCGUCAGUGAAUAGGAUAGCUUUUUUUUUUCUUAUUUAUACGUGUGCGUGCUACAAAUUGUUACUUGUUGAUUAAUUUAUUCAAUAAUUUAUUGCUAAUUUAUUAAUUAAUUUAUUUCCACAUCCCAUCCAUAAAAACAAGCAAAAAAUGUAAAUGUAGUAGUAUUAUUUGGUCUCGUUGUGAUAAACUUGUUUAUCACUUUUUUUAAAACAAAGUUCCUAAAAUUGAAGUAAAGGAAAAUUAAUUUAUCUCACCAGAUUGUGUGGUUCAAGAUUAUCCAAACAAUACGUUGCCAAGAAGUUUUUGACAUCAAUGUUUAUAUUAUUUGUGUGUGCCUAAGUGUGUGUGUGUGUGUGUGUGUGUGUGUGUGUGUGUGUGUGUGUGUGUGUGUGUGUGUGUGUGUGUGUGGGCGCGCGUGUGUGUGUAUGCACGUGUAUGUAUUUACAUGCCUGAUCUUUUACGUUCAUGAUCGUGAGCGAGCGUCUCUCAGCACAAUGGAGCCACGUAUGUAGAUGUGGUCCAAUGGGUGUGUGCACGUGUACGUGUGUGGGUGUGCGCGUCUGUGUCUGUGCCGGUCUGUGAGGCUUCUGAGAAUGUCUUGAUCUGCAUCAUUAUCCAGGUUGUUACUCUUGUACUUGAGGCAUUAUUACUACUCCGUUAUGCCAGCCAACCUUCCUCCCUGGCCUUGCCCCGUCUCCUCCUAGCCCGGCCAAAGCCUGCAUAUCAAUGUACCGAUUGACUUUCGUUGCUAACAGAAGUAAAAAUGGGUCGUGGCGUUGGUGCAGGAGGAGGUGAUCAAGGCCGCGGAGACUCGUGGUUCCGGCGAUGGAGGCUUAGAAUUAAGAAUUGUUUUUGUUUUGUUUUUGUUUGUACCAAAGUACACAAAUAUAACUUGAAAGCUUUUAC